AUGCUGGCUCGACGAGCGAUAUCGAAUCGCUUCCCCCCAGCCGCCUGGACGAGGGCUGUUGUUCUCCAGGCCCAAGGCCUCCACCAUCGCAUCAGCAGUCUGCCUUUCCUCCAUAAGCGAACGUCCCCGAGGCGUCCAGACAUCCCUCGUCCCUUCUCAGUGACAGCCGCCAGAGGGGUCAUGAUUCCCAAUGUCUUUGUGCCGCCUCUCGUCUUCGUCGGGCUGCUCAUCGCUCUCUGGACCUGGAAAUGCACAAUGAUCAUUCUGUUCCAGGACCGGCUCUUAUACAUGUCUUACAUGCCCCCGUUCGCGCGCUCCGAGAAGAUCGCAGAUUACCAGGCAGAGUGUCGUCCAGUGCAGUGGAAGGAGACGCACAUGCGGAGUCUGGAUGGGACGAAGCUAGCAGUCUGCGUCGGUAGCAUGCCCGUCACUGUCACCGGAGAUUCCACAAAGCAGCAAAAACGGUCGGUGGUAAUCUGCUACUUCCAAGGCAACGGUGGUUCCACGCCGCCCCGGUUGCCACUGCUCUCGAGUGUUUUGCGAGAGCUCGCCACUUCGUCGUCCUCCUCGCCCUCCUCCUUCGUUGACUACACCCUUGUCGCCUUAUCCUACCGCGGCUACUGGAAAUCGUCUGGUCGUGCGUCGCAAACGGGGAUCGAGCGCGACGCCCAGGCCCUCUUGGACUGGGUCAUGGAUACCUUCGGCGCACCCGGUACUGAUCUCCAGGUCAUUUUGUGGGGUCACAGUCUGGGGUCUGCCGUUGCCAGCACGGCUACGGCCACUUAUCUCGCUCGUCUGCCCUCUUCUUCUUCUUCUUCUUCCUCUUCCGUCGCCGGGGUGGUUCUGGAAACCCCAUCCACCAGCACCAAAGAUGUCCUGAAGAAUCUGUAUCCCCAGCGAUGGCUGCCAUAUCGGUACCUAUGGCCCUUUCUGUGGAACAGGUGGAGUAGCGCCGCCGCCUUGGAGCGCAUAGCCCGCUGGCGGGACAACGAUCCUCAACGGCAGAGAGGGACUCCACCGAUCCUGUUGCUGGUUGCGGACGAGGACGAAAUGAUUCCUUCCCAGGCCGCGGAUGAAUUGGAGCGUCUGUGUCAGAGACUCGGAUUGAACGCCGAGCGUAAGAGUGUCGCGGGGGCGCUGCAUACGGAAGCGGUGUUGAAACGGGAGGGCAAGGAGGCGCUGAUCAAGUUCAUCAGAAAGGCGACAGAUUCGUAA